AUGGCGAGAGGACACAUGAUCGGGAGCAGGGGCUGGUAUGCUGAUGCGAGAGUGGUGCAGCAGCGGCAGACGGGGAGGAAGAGAAGACGAGCUCGCAUCAAUGACAGUCUCAAUCAUUUGAAGAGCCUGAUUUUGCCCCUUGUUGGCAAAGAUAACGCACGCUACUCCAAGCUGGAAAAAGCGGACAUUCUGGAAAUGACAGUCCGCUUCCUCAGAGAUCUUCCUUCCACCCCAGUCAAAGACUCCGCAGACAGUUACAGAGAAGGUUACAAAGCUUGCCUCCAGCGCGUUUCCGCGCUGCUUCCCAAAAGCCUGGACCAGGACGCGUGCCAACGGGUGCACGACUUCGUCCAGCAGUCCAUGUCUGCCACCGUCACUCCAACCUGCCUGAACUGCUGUGCCCAGAGCUCCAGGACUUUACCUCAGAUCCAAGAGAAAAUUAUGAGCCUCAAAUCCAGCUUCACCUCCAGGCUGGAGACUCAGAACCGCAGCAGCAGCGCAGUGGCUCCAAGCAGAGCGCAGGCAGACCAGCAGGCUGUCAGCGCUGCUAUGUGGAGACCUUGGUAGAUUAGAUGGACAGUUAUCUCACGCCUGUUUAUUUUGUGCUGUUUACUAUUUGUAUUAAAUCAGUGGUAGUUUUAGUGAGUAAGGUGAAGAAGAAUUGUUGGAGCUGUAUAUAAGUUUAAGUCAUUUUGCGUUUAAUGCUAGAAGACUCGAGCACAGAUAUCAAAGAAACUGAAGGCUUUGAACUUAAAAAAAUGCAAUCCUCUUUGGGGUUUCAGAGUUACGGGUUGUAGACAACACUUUUGUAAACCCCACGGGUUAUUUUGUUUGAGGUUUGCACGACUGACUUAAAUGUAUUUUAGUCUGUGCAACAGAAUAGUCAGUAAACACUAUGUGUUAACUAGGAUUAUAUAUUAUUUAUGUAAGA